ACCGGAGCGGGCCGUUCCCCGGGCUCCCGCCAGCCAUUCCCCGCGGCGCCCGGGCUCCCCGCCAGUACUCACAGCAGGAUCUCCGGCUUGCUGAGGAAGGUCAGCUCCUGCAAAGAGGCGAGCGCGAGACCUGCGGUGCAAUCUCAGCUCAUCUCCAGCAUGGCAACAGGGCCAGGAAGCACAAGCCAGGAAGCACUUUCCCAGGAAAGGCCGGACCUCUCCUCUGUGGAGCAAUUUGUCUACUGCGAGGGGGACUUUGUGCGGCACGGCGUGAAGUGGCAGAGACACAGGCCCUGUGGGCCGGCCAGCCACCCCCAGUCCCACUUCGACAGAGUGCUGCAGCAGGGCUGGACAGACAGACAGCGUAGGGGGCUAUUCUGCUACCACCUGGGGGAGCUACAGACCCGGAUUCUGCCAGGCACCGUAGGGUUUGUCGCCCAGCUGAACAUUGAAAGGGGAAUAAAGAGAAGAAAGCCCCAGGAGAUCCAGAGCAUCAGGCAGCGUUUUGACCCCUGGCAGUUCAAUUUCAAUAGGAUCCAACCUGCGGAGGUUCUUUUCUGCAUGACUAGGGCCGGCGCUCCCUUGGCAGGGGGUGCUCAGCUGCCCGCUCCCUCCCCCUGCGUCUUCGUUGUGAUCAACGUCAGCCCCCUGCAGUUCGGGCACACGCUUCUUAUUCCUAGCCCGGCGCUCUUGUUGCCCCAGAUUCUCACGCCAGAGGUCCUUCGCUUUGGCCUGGAUGCCGUUCUGCUCAGCGCCCGUCCUGGAUUCCGCACUGGCUUCAACAGUCUUGGAGCCUUUGCCUCUGUCAAUCACCUGCACCUGCAUGGAUAUUACUUGGACUGGGAGCUGCUGGUGGAAACGGUUCCCUGCGAGCCCCUCCUGCCUGAAGCAAGCCUCUAUCUGCUGUGCGGGGUCCCAGCCCCAGGCUUCAUGUUUUACAGUGAUGGGCAGCAGUUGGAGAAGGUGACACAUCAAGUUUGCCAAGUCACCAACUAUCUGGUAAAGAAUGAGAUUGCACACAACCUGUUUAUUACCCGAGGGGCUCUACCAGAGGGGCCCAUUCAUUCAGCUGCUCGGCCAGGGAUCCGAGUCAUUGUCUGGGCUAGGAAAGCCUGCUUUGGUGUAAAAGAAGAGUCUGCAUUUAAUGUGGCACUUUGUGAGUUGGCCGGGCACCUGCCCAUCAAGACUGCCCAGGACUUUGAGGGCCUCACAGAGGCAUCAGCCAUUCACACAAUUCAGAAGUAUCUACUCCCAGAUUUUCAGUUUGCCCAGCUGCAGUGUGAGCUAGUGGACCUCCUCAAAGGGUGACCUCUCAAAGGUGAUGAUCUCAUUUUGGAUAUGCUGCUCAUUUCUGUCUCUUUGCUAUGGUUUGUUCUUUGCAAAGGGAGCCCUGCUGCCCACACAAAAGUGGUAGGAAGCCACAGUAAGGCAUUCAAGAUGCAGCUGCACAGCCAUCUGAGCGGGAUGGUUCAACCUGGAAACCUUCACUGAGCAGGGGGUUGGACCCAAUGGCUUUCCAGCUCUACUGCUCCAUAAUAUAUUGCUGGCCAAUAAAGCACAUGGUCAACUUGA